GCAUUGGAUUCCCCAGAGGCGAAAAAGAGUGACUGGCUGCGAAAAGAUGCGGGCGCUCCUGCUGGAAAUGGUGGCCUGAAGCCAUGCCAGCUGCUAACACGAUGACGGGGAGCGCUGUCCCCAGUGUGGAGAGCAAGCCCGAAAUCAUUAUUUGCAAAAACAUUGAGAGGAUCAGGUUUGCAAGUCUAAAUAAUCCAGCUGCAAAAACAACAUUUUGGGGUGGGCUUUCAAAGCAUAAUUGGUCGAAGAGUGUUGCCUUCCCAGCCAAGCUCCUGCUGAAAGCAGAACUAGAUUCCAGGGCAGAGAGCCCAUUGAAAACUGUAGAGAAAUUGAUGCUGGAUCCAAGGCUGGACUGUUUUCAGCAGAAUAUGCUAAGUCCCAAGAUGAUCAUCGGAGAUCCCUCAGUUGAUCUCAACGUGCGGGAAAGCAGCAGGAUUCUAAGGAAGCAAAUGGGUGGCUGUCCAAAUCUUCGGUCCGUUGGGAAAGUCAGCAUGAAAAACAAGCCCUUAAGUAUCAAGGACAAGAUUUCAGAAUGGGAAGGAAAAAAGGAAAUUCCAGCUCAGGUGUCCCUGUGGAAGGAGGAGGACCAAAGUGUUAAAGAGGAACCCAGUCCAGUUUUGGGUGUAAUGGAGAAGAUGGCUAGGCAUAGUGUUGCAAUGAGAGAUGUGGAUAAUAAGAGGCUCCCGAGUUGCAAGGGGCCAAGCAAGGAGGAUGACAGGCAUGUUGGAACUUUUAAAAACGCCGGGCAGCAUGUUGUAAGGAAAGCUGAUGUGAAAUCCAGGGAGGAAGAAUGUCAUUUCAAUGUGGGUAAAUGUACUGAGUUGAAGGACAGUAAGAAGGAAGUCCAGAAGGAGAACAUAUCUGUCUUGAGUCAGGUCAAGAAGCUGGAGCAGGCCUUGAAGUGUGGCUCAGCUGAAGCCCAACCCCAGCUACCAGGUACUUACUAUUCUCCACAUUGUCUGCAAGAGAAGACGGGAGAAGAUCAGGAGCCACCUGAAGGCCAGGAAAGUACCAACCGCAUAGAAGUAAGUAAGUGGCUCCUUGGCUUGGACACUGAAGCCAGAGAGCCAAUCUUCGGGACUUUGGAAGAGGUGAAAGCAUCUUGUGUGAAAUGCAGAUCUCGCAAUGAAGAAAAUGUGUACACGGAGCCUGGCUUGCCAGAGAAGAAACCUUUUAUCAAUCCGCUUCCUAAGCCUCGACGGACUUUCAAACAUGAAGGUGAAGAGGGAUGGAUUCCGCCAGCUCGGAAUAAGAGGCUCCUCCCCCCUCUUCCUUCUAUUCCACCCCCUCCUCUGCCUUCCUCACCUCCCCCCUCAGCCAUUAGUAGGAGGUUGAGGAACGGGAAGCUUAAGGCUAACGCAGAUCACAGGAAGUCCUAUGAAUUUGAAGAUUUGUUGCAGUCCUCUUCUGAGAAUGGCCGAGUGGAUUGGUACGCUCAAAGCAAGAUGGCCCUAACCCGCACUUUAUCAGAGGAAAACGUCUAUGAAGAUAUUCUAGUCAUGAUAUUGGCAUUGGCUACUGAUGCUCAGCAGCUGGUGUUAAAAAUCAAUGCCAUUUAUGAGGCUCGAAGAGGGAAGAAGCGAGUCAAGAGACUGUCACAAUCUACAGAGUCCAGCUCAGGGAGAGUUACAGAUGAAAAUAGUGAAUCAGACAGUGACACAGAAGAGAAACAAAGAGCUCACAGUCAACGCCUUGUUCAUGUAAAAUCUCGCCUGAAGCAAGCCCCCAAGUAUCACACCUUGGAGAGAGAUCUCAUCGAGUACCAAGAGAGGCAGCUCUUUGAAUAUUUUGUUGUAGUAUCAUUACACAAGAAACAAGCUUGUGCACCAUACGUCCCUGAAGUUACCCAGCAGUUUCCAUUAAAGCUUGAACGCUCCUUCAAAUUCAUGAGGGAGGCAGAGGACCAGCUGAAGGCCAUUCCACAGUUUUGCUUCCCUGAUGCAAAAGACUGGACUCCUGUUUCUCAGUUUAGCAGGAAAAAGUUUUAUUUUGUUUUAUAUUUAUUGCCUUGGUUUUCAAUUCCAGAUUUACCAGCAAAAGAAAACCCCUAUGAAGAUAUCGAGACAAAUAGUCAUUGCCUAGGGAAGAAAUGUGGCCUGAACUUUCCAGCAUCUCCUUCUUCUAUUCCUGGCACACCCACAAAGGUCCCCUCUAAGCCCAUCUUCUUUAGGCAGAACUCAGAACGCAGGAGUUUCAAACUACUAGACAUACGGAAACCGAAUCGGGAUGGCACUUAUUCUCCAUCCAAAAUCAGUCCCCCUUCCACUCCUAGCAGUCCUGAUGAUACUUUCUUCUCCUUGGGUGAUUCUCAAAAUGACCUGAAGCAGCUGUUUGAAAUUGUUCAAUGGUUUGGAAUGUUUCAAGUAAUUCAACAGAAGCCCAGUGGGAAAGGGAAACGUCUUCCAGAAGUUUACUGCAUUGUGAGCCGCUUGGGUUGUUUCAACCUCUUCUCAAAGAUCUUGGAUGAGGUUGAGAAAAGACGUGGCAUUUCUCCUGCCUUGGUCCAGCCGCUCAUGAGGAGUGUCAUGGAAGCCCCUUUUCCAGCCCUGGGUCGGACUAUCUCCAUCAAGAACUUCCUGCCUGGUUCUGGAACAGAAGUAAUGCUGGCUGGAGAAUUCUGGGAGUUGAAGUCCGCUAAGGGCAAAAAGCUACCUAUCUAGAUUAGAACCACCCUUCAAAAGUAGAUGAAGUAGCUAAGCUUGCAAGNCUAUUGCUACUACAAGGAAUCUUGAUUGCUUCUUUCAUUUUUUUCUUCUAGUACCUUGUCCAAAUGCUGCCAUGCCACAGUGGCCCUUCUCUACCCCUUUGCCUGGCAGCACACUUACAUCCCGGUACUUCCCCCUUCAAUGAUUGACAUUGUCUGCUCGCCAACCCCCUUUCUGAUUGGCCUGCUCUCCAGUUCCUUGCCCCGCCUCAAGGAGCUGCCAGUGGAAGAGGUCCUUGUGGUUGACCUUGUUAAUAACCGGUUCCUUAGACAGAUGGAAGAUGAAGAUUCCAUUUUGCCCCGGAAGUUGCAAGGAGCGCUUGAACACAUCCUGGAGCAGAGAAAUGAACUGGCAAAUGAGAAGGAGGAAGUCACACUCAAUGGCAAACAGGAGGCCAGCCCUUUGAAUGAGGUGGUGUCAGAAGCUUUCGUCCGCUUCUUUGUGGAGAUUGUAGGACACUACUCUCUCUUCAUGAUUCCUGCUGAGAAGGAAGAAAAGGCUCUCCAGCGGGAAGCUUUUCGGAAGUCCGUUUCUUCAAAGAGCCUUCGGAGGUUCCUGGAAGUUUUUAUGGAGACUCAGAUGUUUGGAGGCUUCAUUCAAGAACGAGAAUUACGAAAGCAGGGAGCCAAAGGUUUGUUUGAGGUACGUGCCCAGGAAUAUCUGGAGACCCUUCCCAGUGAAGAACAGAGCGGAGUUAAUAAAUUCUUGAAAGGAUUAGGUAGCAGAAUGAAAUUUCUUCAUAAGAAAUAAGCAUUUGGAGCACCACCAGGAGUGGAGAGGAGGAGAUCUUUUCUAAGCAUUUCAGCAGACACAGCAUGGGCUCCGUUUGUUUUUCCCAUUUUAAAACCAAGUCCAGCUUAGCCUGCUCCAGGGGUGGAGGAAUCUCCAGAGAAGCAGGGUUUAAAAGCUGCACCUGGGUGGACAGCUGACCUUGUGGCCUCCUAUACAGCAUGGUGCAGAAGGAUUGGCUUGAUGAAGAGCAUGCACUGGACAAAGCACUCCCCAACCUCUCUGCUCACUGACCCUUUUGCAGACUUUGUGGUGAUUUUGAGAUCUUAUCUAUUACGUUGUUGUUGUUUUUUGGUGAAAAUGUUUCUUAUUUAUACUGAGGUUAGGAAGACUUAUUAGGCAGAGACAUUUGUUCCAUUUACUCUCCCAAGGGAUGACAGCAAGGAUAGGCGCUGCCUUAACUUGGAUAGUAUAAUUGUAAAAUGACACGAAGUGAUACAGAAAGAGCAGGAAGAGACACAGACGUAGAGAUGGGAAAAGAAGAACUCGUAUGCACCAGUAGGUGUGGUGGUAGUGGUGGGGGGACUACUGAAUCCAUUCAGAAUUUUAUCCAGCUGACCACUAUGUGAUGACUUUCUGCCCCUUCCUGGAGUUUGGGAUAUAUGUCCACACUCUUCUUUCGGAGUAAAUCUGAUCUGUUGUAAUUGGAAGUAUGUGUUUAUUAAAACAAACUAAAGCAUGUGCUUAGUUCAAAGUA